UGUAGUCUUCCGUCACUGUUCGUGUUCGUCACUUUUCGGUUGUCGGUAUUUGGCAUGUAGAUUUUUAUAAAACGCGGAGGAGCGAUGCAGACUCUCACCCCUCAUGUGUACUGGGCUCAGCGUCACGGAGACAUUUAUCUCCGAGUGGAACUGAGCGACGCUAAGAAUCUAAACAUCAACCUGCAAGGCAACACACUACAUUUCAGAGCACAGGGUCAUGGAGCGAAAGGAGACAAUGAAUAUGAGUUCAGUUUGGAGUUCCUGGAACCCGUCAAACCUGAGGUUGGACAUAAGUCCACCCAGCGUCAAGUUGACAUCAAAAUCAAGAAGCAGAAAGAGCACUGGUGGGAUCGACUGACACUGCAGGAAAAGAAGCCUCUGUUUCUGGCUCCAGACUUCGAUCGCUGGUUAGACGAGUCUGAUGCUGAGAUGGAGCUGCAAGCUAAGGAGGAGGAGGAGAAGAUAAAUAAGAUAAGUGUGGAGUCAAGAGUUCGUAAAGACCCGUACCUGAGUCUGAAGAAAGGCUAUCUAUUUAUGUACAACUUGGUACAGUUCUUGGGAUUCUCCUGGAUCUUUAUCAACAUGACUGUUCGUCUUUUCAUUCUUGGCCAAGAUUCUUUCUACGAUACCUUCCACACCAUGGCUGAUAUGAUGUAUUUUUGUCAGAUGAUGGCUGUGCUCGAGGUCAUUAAUCCCUUAUUGGGCCUGGUUAAGACGGGAUUUUUUCCAGCAAUGAUACAGGUGGCAGGGAGGAAUGUGAUACUGUUUGCCAUUUUUGGUAGCCUGGAGCAGAUGCAGAACAAACCUGUUGUCUUCUUUGUGUUCUACCUGUGGAGCACCAUUGAGAUCUUCAGGUAUCCCUUUUACAUGCUGUCCUGCAUCGACACAGAGUGGAAGCUGUUAACGUGGCUGAGAUAUAGUCUCUGGAUCCCUCUGUACCCACUGGGUGUGAUAGCGGAAGCGGUGGCUGUGAUCCAGUCCCUGCCCAUUUUUGAUGAGACCCGUCUCUUCAGCCUCUACCUCCCUGAGUCACUGGGACGUUCUUUGAGUUUUUCCUACAUUCUGCAAGUCUACCUGGUCCUGAUGUUUCUGGGCCUCUUUAUCAAUUUUCGGCACCUCUACCAUCAAAGGAGGAGACGAUUCCGUUCCAGGAAGAGGAAGGUCAAAUGAAUACACUUCUCACCAAAUGAAGAUGAAACUUAUUUUUUGUUCUCCCUCAUUCCCAAAUGCCUUCUUUUAUUUUCUGUCAUGGUGGUUUACCUUUAACUUUUUGUGUGUAUGCGUUUCCACGAGUUAAACUACCAACCCACUUUGGCUAAAUGCUGUAGGUCUGACCAGUUUUACCUGUGCUUGGACAUUACUUUAAAAUAAAGUACAAAUUG